UCAAUCUUUCUCUCUCUAUAUAUUUAAGUAAACUGGUUUAUCACAGUUUUCUAAGUUGGGUUUCAAAAUGAGAACUUCUGUUAAUCCAGCUUCAGUUUUUCUGUUCAUUUUCUGUAGUACUGUUUGUGUUUAUGGGGCAAUUGGUUCUAAUGGAUACCUAAAGUACAAUACUGGGGGUAACAUUGUUGAAAGCAAACUGAAUGUUCAUUUGGUUCCUCAUUCACACGAUGAUGUUGGCUGGUUAAAGACUGUUGAUCAGUACUAUGUUGGAUCAAAUAAUAGCAUUCAGGGUGCCUGUGUUGAAAAUGUACUGGACUCUGUUGUUAUGUCGUUGCGUCGUGAUCGGAAUAGGAAAUUUGUCUUUGCUGAAAUGGCAUUUUUCCAUCGGUGGUGGAUUAGGCAAAGCCCGGAAAUUCAAGCAGAAGUGAAAAAUCUUGUAGCUUCUGGCCAGCUGGAAUUCGUAAAUGGUGGUUGGUGUAUGCACGAUGAAGCGACUACCCAUUAUAUAGAUAUGAUUGAUCAGACAACAUUAGGCCAUCAACUGAUAAAGAAUGAAUUCAAUAUCACUCCUCGUGCAGGAUGGCAGAUCGAUCCAUUUGGGCACUCUGCCGUGCAAGCUUAUCUUCUUGGCGUAGAGGUAGCAUUUGAUUCUCUUCACUUUGCGCGCAUUGAUUAUCAAGACAGAGCAAAACGUAAGGAGGAUAAAGCUCUUGAGGUUAUAUGGCGUGGUUCGAGAACAUUUGGUUCUUCCUCCCAGAUAUUUACCAACGCAUUUCCUGUACAUUAUAGUCCACCACAUGGUUUUCAUUUCGAAGUGGAUGAUGCUGAUGAUUUUGUUCCAGUCCAGGAUGAUCCUCUUAUCUUUGACGUAAAUGUCGAUAUACGGGUUAAUGACUUCAUCAAUGCUGCAAUUACACAAGCAAACGUGACACGUACGAAUCACGUCAUGUGGACCAUGGGAGAUGACUUCCAAUACCAAUAUGCUGAAUCUUGGUUCAAGGAAAUGGAUAAAUUAAUUCACUAUGUCAACAAGGACGGUCGAGUGAAUGCAUUGUACUCUACUCCAUCAAUUUAUGUAGAUGCAAAACAUGCAACCAAUGAAUCUUGGCCUCUAAAAACUGAUGAUUACUUUCCAUAUGCAGAUGGUGAAAAUUCUUAUUGGACUGGUUUCUUUACCAGUCGACCAGCUUUAAAGCGAUAUAUUCGUAUGCUAAGUGGAUAUUAUCUGGCGGCUCGCCAACUUGAAUUCUUAACUGGGAGGAAAUCAAAUGGCUUCAACACGUUUAGCUUGGGAGAUGCACUGGGAGUUACACAACACCAUGAUGCUGUGACUGGUACUGCUAAACAACAUACAACAGAUGACUAUGCAAAACGCUUGGCUAUUGGAGCUUCUGAAUCUGAAGUUGUGGUGAAUUCUGCUUUAUCAUGCCUGGUUAAUUCCAAAUCAGGUCCAUGUUCUACCACUUCAUCAUUAUUCAACCAGUGUCAACUGCUCAAUAUAAGUUAUUGUCCACCAACUGAAGAAGAUAUCGCUGAGGGGAAGAAUUUGGUUGUUGUGGCAUACAAUCCUCUUGGAUGGAAUCGAACUGAUAUCAUCAAGAUCCCGGUCAACGAUGCUGAUCUUAUUGUAAAAGAUUCCAUGGGAAAUCUAAUUGAGGCUCAAUUUAUAGAGUUGGAUAAUAUUACCAGCAACUUACGAAAGUUGUAUGUUAAGGCAUAUCUUGGAAUAUCACCCAAACAAACUCCCAAUUAUUGGCUCUUCUUUCGAGUGUCUGUGUCACCUCUUGGCUGGAAUACUUAUUUUAUUUCUAAAGCUUCACAGGAGGGGAGCUCUGCGGGCUAUGUCACAAAGAUGGACAUUCCACAGAACGAGACUGUUGAAAUUGGACCAGGGAACUUAAAGGCGUCCUUUUCCUCAAGUACUGGUCAACUUAAACGUCUAUAUAAUUCUAUAACAGGAGUUGAUAUACCUGUACAACAAAGCUAUCUUUGGUAUUCCUCGAGUUCGGACUUGGAUCAGGAUUCUGGUGCCUACAUUUUCAGACCCGAUGGAUCACCCCCAGUCAUAGUUGCGAGAUCAGUUCCAAUAAAGGUAAUGCGUGGACCCCUGGUCGAUGAAAUCCACCAGCAAUUCAACUCAUGGAUAUCUCAGGUAAUUAGGAUUUACAAAGACAAAGAACACGCUGAACUCGAAUUCACUAUUGGUCCUAUACCGACAGAAGAUAGUGUUGGAAAAGAGGUCAUUACCAAAAUGACAGCAAAUAUGGCCACUGAUAAAGUGUUCUACACUGACUCUAAUGGGAGGGACUUUCUUAAAAGAGUUAGAGAUUACAGAGCUGAUUGGGACCUCCAAGUUACUCAACCUGUUGCUGGGAACUAUUAUCCAAUAAAUCUUGGAAUGUACAUAACAGAUAACAAAUCAGAAUUGUCUGUUUUGGUGGAUCGUGCAACAGGUGGAGCCAGCAUAAAGGAUGGAGAAAUAGAACUCAUGUUGCACAGGCGCUUGAUCAAUGAUGAUGGUAGAGGAGUGGGUGAAGCCCUUGAUGAGCCUGUAUGUGUAGGGAGUACAUGUGAGGGACUCACGGUUCGAGGGAAUUACUAUCUGGGAAUUCAUAAAAACACUGAUGGUUCACGUUGGCGCAGAACAACUGGCCAAGAAAUUUAUUCACCUCUUAUUUUAGCUUUUGCACAUGAGAAUCAGGAACAAUGGAAAGCUUUGCAUAUGACCAAAGCCACCAUCAUGAAUCCCAAUUAUAGUUUACCUCCUAAUGUUGCACUGAUUACUCUCCAGGAGUUGGAUAAUGGAGGUGUACUUAUCCGUUUGGCUCAUCUAUACGAGGCUGGGGAAGACGCUGAUUAUUCGAAAAUAACCAAAGUUCAACUGAAGGAAAUGUUUGCUGGAAAAAGGAUAAAGGCAAUCAAGGAAACAAGCUUAUCGGCAAAUCAAGGCAAGAAUGAGAUGAAGAAGAUGAACUGGCAUAUAGAACAUGACAGUGGCCGUGAGUCUGCACCAAUUAGAGGAGGUCCGUUAGACAUGUCUAGUCUUGUAGUCGAGCUUGGUCCCAUGGAGAUACGGACUUUCAUUGUUAAUUUUUGAAAACAAUUUUUUCUUACUUUCUACCCAAUAAAGUCAAAAUAACUGGUUCAUAGAGUCCAUUAAUAGAGGAGAAUAUUUUUUUCAUAAAUAUGAUGUAUGCCAAAGAAAGCAAAUGGAUUAUGUAUAUUCUGGAACAUAAAUGGAGGAGAACGUCUUUUUCAGCUCCGGCCACCGAUUGUACCAAUCUGCCAUAAAAGAUGAUCAAAAUGGAUCA